AUGACAGGUGGGAAGUUGCAGGCUCAAAGUCUCCUGGUCUCUUCGCAGCCGGAGUCGAGGAGGGUACAGGAGGCUUUGAGCAAAAGCAGCAGUGAUUGGCAGGAGGUUCAAAGAGUUCGUCUGGAAUGCCGGCGAGCACAGGAGGUGGCACGACGAGCUCAAGCUGAAUGCCGCCGUGCAAAGGAGGAGUCCCGCAGGGCGAUGGAGGAGUCGCGCAGAGCCAAAGAGGAGUCUGAGCGCGCCAAGGAGCAGAUCCGGGCCUGGGAGGAGCAGCAGUGGAACUCGUGGGACUGGAAGGAGGAGGAGGUCUGGCGUCCAGAUCCAGAGGAGUGGCCGCACCUCGAUGAGGUUGGAAGUCGGAAGAGGGAUGGCAACAAGGCUCGGCUGCAGCCGGCAGGGCCUGCAGAUCGGGAGCCCUCACAGGCUCGGAGAGAGUCUGAGUGGGCCUGGACUUGCUACCGAAAUGGCUGGGCCAAAUCCUCGUCCGCGAAGCCAACAAAUGCUGAGGUUCGGCAGAAGGCCAAUACCAAGAAUCCACCCCCGGAGAGUACGACGGAACUCAGGAUGCUUGUCAAGAACAUCAAGACCACGAAGCUCCGACGGGAGUUUCAGAAGCGAUCCUACGGCAACUAUGGCCGUUACCGGAAGAACCGGGACGAGCGGAUAGCCACCCGCAGCUCCAAGAGUCAGACCGAUCCGUUUUCGGUGCUUUUUGCGCAUCUCUCCAGGCGAGUGCCCGAGGAGUAUUUGAAAUCACUGUUCGAAGAAGUGGGGCGGGUCGUGCACUUCGAGCUUUGGAAAGGACCCGAUGGCCAGUCUCUGGGCCGAGGAAAGGUGACCUACACAUCCACUGCUGAUGCCAACAUGGCUGUGAAGCAACUCAGUGGGUGGUAUGUACAUGGGCGCACCAUGCGGGUCUGCCUCUUCCGGCCACCAAGUGAAGAGCGUGGGGCCGAUCUGGGCAAGAAGGACCCUGGCAAGUUUCCAGAGAAGCCCUGUUCAGUCAUCUUCAGCAACUGCAACGCCGUCAGCACAGAAGGAUUUCUGCGCUGGCUGCUGUCAAAGGCCGGCACUGUUCUUUGCUUCACACUGCAGCGCUCCGAUGAGGGCAAGUCGCUGGGGUGGGGCACCUGCACCUUCGAUGGUGAAGCCGUCGCACGCCGCGCCAUCGAGCGUUUCAACGGUGCGUGGGUGGACAACCGGAGGAUUCAGCUCGAGCUGGACUGCCGGCAGAGAGUGGGAAUCUGCAAGUUUGGUUCAAACUCGGGCUUGGGAUCUUCUCAGACUCUGGGUCAAGCCAAAGGCCAUCAGCCAGAAAGCAGAGUUCUGGGCUCUUCUGCAAAUUCGCUUUUGUGUGUCGCUCAAGAGCCUGUCUGCAGGAUCCGAAUCCGCCAAAGAGCUUCCUCUCCUGUGUGUUCUUCCACAACGUCACGUGGACGACGACUGCCGCAGAGCUGA